AUGGCGACCGCCUUCGCCCGGCAACUUCGCGAGAUCGCGGCCCAUUCUACGAACGAACUCGACCUCAAAGCCCGCCGCAAUGCCCACACCGCAUCCCUCCUCUUCGAACGAGAAGUUGCUGUCAGACAAGACUGGGAGAGUCUCUUCCAGAUAUGUGUUGAGGGCUAUCGGGAACUCUGCACUCUCGAUGCAAGAUUUCGUGAAUUCGAGUCCAAUCUGUUCUCUGCUACGUCAAGAAAUCAAGACCGGGAGCAGAUGAACAGGGCGCAGAAUGAAGAUCUAGAUGCCACUAUCCUUCGAUGUCUACACCUGCUGGGUCCACGCCUGCUCCUACUUCCCGGCCUGCGUGCGCUCGAGUGGCUCGUCCGUCGAUUCCGAGUGCAUGUCCACAACGUUGGGGAACUCCUGCUCACCACACUACAUCACCACGAGUUUCCGGUAUUUCAAAAUAUCCUCAAUCUAAUAUCACCAGACCGACUCAUCGACGAAUGGAAGUUUCUACGGCCGUAUCAAAACACAACCACCAGACUGCCUCGAAGUCAGGUUGUGUAUGCCGCAACGACGAACAAAGGUUUCUUCUCACUUUUCAACGAAUACACGCUGCAAGCUUGCAGGACGCAUCUCUCAGAGACACGUUUGCUACGGUUCUGGGGAGGUAUCGUUGUCGAGGCUGUAGCUGGUCGCUUGAGCCAGGCGAAGAGUGGCCGUCCUGAGAUCGAGCAACAACGAACCGAGGAUAUUCUGCAUCAAAUUUUGCCCCUUCUCGACGAAGGACUGACCAACAACAUGUCCCUCGAUCUCACCGUGACCUGUUUCUCUCUGGCGUUGGUCCUGGCCAUGACUGCCACGCUGUCGGAUGAGGUCCUUGAUUCUUUGCUCGAUGCUGUCAGCCGCGCCUCGGCGUUUCCGGGCAUCAGCGAGCAGGCGGCUUUGAUCAGUCUGAAGUUCUUCCGGGGUGUUCUAGCUACCUUGCUCAGAUACGUGGCGAAGAAAGACGAUGAAGAGAAGUACCAGACCAUCACGCGCGUUCUCAAAGCGAGCAUCUCAUUCGAGCGUCCCGAAGAGGUUGCAGCUUGGUUCGCCCUGCUAGUGAACGAAGUACAGCGGCUGGGCGUUGAGCGUAGUGUGCAAAACGCUGGUCGGAACAGACUCAUCAACCUCUUGCAGGAAUUCAGCGAAGCCGAGGAGUACCAGGAGGUCUUCCAAGAGCUGCGCUCCAUCACAAAUCAGCAUAACAUCGAUCUGGAAAGCCUGCUCCAGAUCUCUAUCCCAUCUCCUCCAUCGUCAGAAGAACCAGCGAAGGACGAGGACGUUGAGAUGACGGACACCACGACGUCAAAUGCCUUUGAAACAGCGCUCGCUGCGGUUCCUGCGCAACUUCCGACUGAAACUGACUUCUUCGCUGCCACCGAACCUGCAGUCUUUCAGGCUCUGCGCAGCUUGCUUCACCUGUGCUACAGAGAUCAGACGAACUUGGAGUUCUUCAGAUCUCUCCCGAUGUGGACGUCCCUUGACGCAUCACAAUACGUUCUCUUCCUGCUUCGAAUUCUCUUCAGCGAUGAGCCUAAUUAUCUCAGGACCGAUGCUGCGACAUUGCUACUGACAGCGGUCCAGCAAGGGUUGAUCGAGGACCUUUCACAAUUGCUGCCGUUCUUGUCAGUACUUCUUGCCGACGACGUCGUGGGAGUCCGUCGAAUUGCGGCGGCAGCUGUAGCCGCUCUCGAGACCAAAAUUGAAGAAGCGAACACAGCCUCCAAUGGUGGCACUGCGCACUCAUCGAAGCCUACUGCUAUUCAGAGAUCUAUUACUCAGCUAUACCUACCGAAUAUUGAAGAGUUCAUCACCGACGGCACGCGCAUAAGACAAGCGCUCAAGCAUGGUCUAAAUGGGACGAUAGACAAAGCACGACCACCAAGUAAGGACAUCAAUGCAGAACUGCCCAAGAAUGUCAGAACAGCCUUGUUGGAAGGCUUCGCGCGUGUAGCUGCAGAAACGCCGCUCUUGCGAUUCAAGAUCGGCGUGAUCGCGAUUCUAGAUGGAGUGACCAGAGGCGGGUCAACUGCAAAGACAGAAGCAUUUCUACCUAUUUUGACCGAGUGGGCGAUACAAAACACGGCACAGGCGAAUGCAUUGGCGUCAAAAGAAGGUCUCAGCCUUCUGUCAAUCGACAGGAGUAUGGCAGCUAUCAUUACCAGCCAACCGAAGAAUCAAAUCGAACAAGUUCUUGACUUCCUAGAAGCGGAAAAUCUGUCCCUUCGCGAACAAUUGGUCAGCGUAAUCUUCGAUCGUGUCAUUGACGUCUGGCCCGACGUACCAACUGACAGGAACGAAUCGCUGGCACUUCGACUUUUUGAUAUGUCCUUUCAUGAGCAGAACUUCCUUGCAGAUAUUGCAAAGGCUGCUCUGCAUCAAAUCCACCUUAGCGAGUCCACCCUUCAAGCCAUUCUGGAGAACGCAAUGUCCCACAAGAGCGAGAUUCAGGACCAGCCACCCACGAAGAAGCGACGAACUAGCAGUCACGGCGGCUCGGGUAGAAGCGUGGCUCCUCUGACAGCCGCGUUUCGAGAGAGCUUGGUCCGAUUGACGCUCGCUCUCGAUCUCGUGGAGGGAUCCAAGCCUGAGCAUCAUCCUGGUCUUCUCGCACAGCUCACGGAAGUGUUACUGCACCUUCGCAGAAGCAAGGACCAGUUGCAAGCAGACUCGCCUUACCUAGUUGCAGCAUGUCUCGGGUCAAUGCUCGCAAUCGUUGAUAAGCUCAAGUCUGCUCGGCGACCCAGCAUCGAUUGGAACCACAUUCGCGCAGAUGUCAUCGCCGACUAUGUGCGGACUUCUGACAGCUCGCAGGUGCAGAGUCAGGCUCUUGCGCUUUCGGCGUCCUUAGCAGAGGUAGCUCCCGACAAGGUGUUGCAUCACAUCAUGCCUGUCUUCACGUUCAUGGGCAAAACGAGGAUGAUCACUCAGAACAAUCAGCACUCGAUUAACGUUGUUAAUGAGGCUAUCGAUCGUAUCGUGCCAUCACUGGUCGCGACGCUUCGGAAGCAAGACUCGAGCAAGAUGCUACUUUCAACGAAGACCUUACUGUCAAGCUUCGUGGCCUCGUUCGAUCAUAUUUCCGAAACAAGAAAAGUGCCGCUCUUUCAGCGUUUGUUGCGACAACUUGGCUCAGCAGAAUUUGGCUUCGUCCUUGUCGCAAUGCUUGAGCUCCGAGGAGUUCCGAAAGAGCAGCUGGAUUUGUUCCUGGCCAAACUUUUUGGCGGGCUUCCACAUGAAGCACACCUGUCGACAUACCGGAAUCUUGUCAUUCUCGCGCAAGACUGCUUUGCUCCCAAUCCUGGCCGUGCCGAGGUCCUGCUCGAGCUCUCUCAAGCGUCUUCCGGUCAAGAUCGUGCCGAUGCUGCCACGAAGAUACUGCUCAGAGCCGAGACCAUAAUCGAGAACGAGGCCUUGAGAGUAAGAUCGUCUAAGACAAUCACGCCCGACUCCAAUGGUUCACCCACAAUGGAAGACUACUUCAGGGAAUCUUUACUUCAGACCCUCGAGACCACGAAAGCACUUCAAGUCCAAGGCGGUGAGUUGCAAGCCAUCUUAGGCCACUGUUCGGUAGAGCUUUUACGCAAAGUCUCCGUUCGACAAUUAAUCAAGCUGCUUGUCUUACUCUCCGACGAAGCCGCCGAAAUCGACGACGAGGUCAAAGCACAAGCUCUUCAGUCUUUGGCACGCAAGCUUCAGCAAAAGGGCAACAUCGACACAGAGACAGCCACUGCUGCCCUUGACUAUUUGUCCAACCUCCAAGCCAUGAUAAGUGGAACAGAUGAUGUCAAAGUCCAAGUCGCGGCGAUUCGGUGUGUUGACGGGCUCUGUGCCAGAUACGGUCGAAGAGACGUCAACAAACUUCUGGAUACGGCCGUCAUACUGGCCGGAGACGCAGGGCUGUCAUCCUCGAACGAGAAUGUCCAAGCUGUUGCUGCUCACACACUUGCCUCACUUGUGCUGAUGAUGCGGGAGGCUGCCGUUCCUAUCGUGUCUCAAGCACUGCAAGGAGCUUUGCAUAUGAUUGAGAACAGUCAUGUCGACGGGAGCUCGAAGAUGCUCCUGCAUAAUGCAGGAUUCUCGCUUAUCACAAGCUUGGCCCAAGGUGUAAGCUUCAUGUUAUCUGAAGAUGACGUUGGUUCCAUCGCAGUCGCGGCUGCCGAGUGCGCAUUCUCCGACCUGCCGAACGAGUGCGAGCAGUUCAGGCGCGAAGCCUUGACUCCACUCGCAGAGAACAUCGACUUCGAGACAUUCCUCCAAAGCCUCAUGCAGAAGUGGGAGGAGGUUGUCGAGUUCGAGAAAGAGGGUAUUUUGCCCACACUCGAGGUCCUCGCACAUGCUAUCGAUCAUCAGCCUAAGACAACAGUAGUCCAGGCCGCUGACAAACUCUCAUCGCUGCUCUUGAAAGUCUUUGAUGUUCGCCGUCAUCAAGCAAUAAGCGCUGACGAAGCGGAACUUGAGGCCGACGAUCUUGCUGAGAUUGAGCUGAAGGCAAACGAGAUCGCUUUGAAAUUCAUCUACAAGCUGAGUGAUGGAGUCUUCAGACCGAUCUUCGAGACCUGGGUAGAUUGGGCAACGAAUCCACGGGACCUUUCAGAGGGCGAUGUCUCUGUGCCCGAACAGAAGUUACACCGGCAGAUCACCCUGAGCAGAUUUCUGGCACACUUCUUCUCUACAUUGAAGUCGAUCGUCACUUCGUACGCUUCGUACUUGCUGAAGCCAGUCAACGACUCUUUGGCAGAGUUUUACAAACAUUGUCCAACCUCACCAAGCGCGUUGCUGCUCUACACAACACUGCUCACGGCACUUUCAGAAGCCUUCAAGCAUGACGCCGACGGCUUCUUCACAGCACCAUCUCACUUCGAGACACUUGCGCGAAAUCUCGUCAAUCAGCUCGAGCUCGCUUCUAACAAGCACUUCCGGCCUCUAGUCUUUCAGAACGUGCUGCCUACCAUUGUGGCCUUUGCGACAGCCGUGCAAGAUACUUCAUCGCAUCAUCUCGCCAUCAAUCACUAUCUCGCUCAACUACGCCACGCGGACUCCCAGCACGUCAGAUUGGCUAGCAUCCGCACCCACCUGGCACUCACAGAGGAUGAGGAAGUUGGUGAGGAGUGGGUCGAUAACAUUGUCAGUGGCACGGCCAACGUAGAAACGCUAAUGGCUGCUGACAGCGAGGACGACGGAUCGAAGGGCUUCGCUGGCGUAGGUGGUCGCGGGGAGACUAUGAUAUACGUGAAUGAAAUGCUUGAGGACGACGAUGAGGAAGUUGAGCGGGAAGUCAGGCGGUGGGUGCGGAUGGUCAGGGAGAAGGUUGGUGAGGACGUUUUUGAGACUUGA